AAAGAAACCAGUCACUUUGUCAGAUCUCAUCAGACAAGACUACAGGUGCACUUCGCCUGUUUCAUUUGUCACAAGAUCACCUCUUUAAGUCCUAUAUUGUACUGAGAGAGACAUAAGGACACUGUUCACUUCAAAUUAUAGAAAUACCAGCCCUCUCUCUGUCUAAGAAGCUCACCUCCUUCAAUGGAGGAUGCUUACGCCCGAUCUGUCGCUGAGGUUCUUGAAUUCUUUGGCGUGGAUCCAACUAAAGGUCUUACGGAUAUACAGGUUACACAACACGCCAGAUUAUAUGGCAAAAAUGUGCUGCCUCAAGAAAAAAUCAUUCCUUUCUGGAAGUUGGUGCUGAAGCAAUUUGAUGAUUUGCUGGUUAAGAUUCUAAUUGCAGCUGCUUUUAUUUCCUUUUCUUUGGCACUGGCUAAUGGAGAGACGGUCUUAUCAGCCUUCAUUGAACCUUCUGUUAUCUUGAUGAUAUUGGCUGCAAAUGCAGCAGUCGGUGUGAUUACAGAAACAAAUGCAGAAAAGGCUCUUGAGGAAUUACGUGCAUACCAAGCUGACAUUGCCACUGUCCUGCGCAAUGGUUGUUUCUCCAUAUUACCUGCAACGGACCUUGUCCCUGGAGAUAUUGUAGAAGUGAGUGUUGGGUGUAAAAUUCCAGCUGAUAUGAGAAUGAUUGAGAUUUUGAGUGAUCACUUACGUGUUGAUCAGGCAAUUUUAACAGGUGAGAGCUGCUCUGUUGAAAAAGAGCUUGAUGCAACAACUGCUACAAAUGCAGUAUACCAGGACAAGACAAACAUCCUCUUUUCUGGCACUACAGUGGUCGCUGGAAGGGCAAGAGCUGUUGUUAUUGGGGUUGGAUCUAAUACUGCAAUGGGCAGUAUACGUGAUUCUAUGUUGAUGACGGAAGAUGAGGCGACACCAUUGAAGAAAAAGUUGGAUGAAUUUGGUACUUUUUUGGCAAAGAUCAUUGCAGGUAUAUGUGUACUAGUUUGGGUGGUAAACAUUGGGCAUUUUAGUGAUGCUUCCCAUGGUGGCUUCUUGCGAGGUGCAAUACAUUACUUUAAGAUUGCAGUUGCCCUGGCUGUUGCAGCAAUCCCUGAAGGGCUUCCUGCUGUUGUUACAACGUGUUUGGCCCUUGGGACAAAGCGAAUGGCUCGUUUAAAUGCUAUUGUGAGAUCCUUGCCAUCCGUGGAAACAUUGGGCUGCACCNGGGGUGAGGGUGCUAGGAUAAGUAACAUUUCUGUUCAGAUCUGUGUGCUUCAUUCAGUAAAUAAUGGUCCAGUGGCCUCUGAAUACGUCAUCAGUGGCACAACUUAUGCACCAGAAGGUUUUAUAUUUGACAGCUUGGGAGCCCAGCUAGAGAUUCCGGCACAACUUCCUUGUCUUCUUCAUAUAGCAAUGUGCUCAGCUCUUUGCAAUGAGUCUAUUAUACAAUACAACCCAGAUAAGAGGAUUUACGAGAAGAUUGGUGAAUCAACUGAAGUUGCCCUUCGUUUGCUGGCAGAAAAAAUUGGUCUUCCUGGUUUUGAUACAAUGCCGUCUGCUUUAAAUAUGCUAAGCAAGCAUGAACGGGCAUCUUAUUGUAAUCGCUAUUGGGAAAGCCAAUUUAAAAAGGUUUCUGUACUGGAAUUUUCACGUGAUCGCAAAAUGAUGAGUGUGCUUUGUAGCCGAAAGCAGAUGGAGAUAAUGUUCUCAAAAGGAGCUCCAGAAAGCAUACUUUCAAGAUGUAACAAUAUACUGUGCAAUGAUGAUGGUUCUACAGUCCCUCUUUCUGCACAUAUUAGAGCUCAGUUGGAAGUAAAAUUUAAUAGUUUUGCAGGAAAAGAAACUCUUAGAUGCUUAGCACUAGCCUUGAAAAGAAUGCCUAUGGGUCAACAAUCACUCUCCUUUGAUGACGAAAAUGACCUUACAUUUAUUGGGUUGGUUGGGAUGCUUGAUCCACCAAGGGAUGAAGUAAGAAAUGCCAUCCUUUCAUGUAUGAAUGCGGGCAUACGUGUAAUCGUUGUUACUGGGGAUAACAAGACAACUGCAGAAUCUUUGUGCCAAAAAAUUGGUGCCUUUGAUCACUUGGGAGAUUUUACUGGGUUUUCUUACACUGCUUCUGAGUUUGAAGAACUUCCGGCAUUGCAGAAGUCAGUGGCAUUACAGCGAAUGACAAUUUUAUCCAGGGUAGAACCAUCCCACAAGAGGAUGCUUGUUGAAGCAUUACAGAAUCAAAAUGAAGUGGUUGCUAUGACUGGAGAUGGAGUCAAUGAUGCACCUGCAUUGAAGAAAGCAAACAUUGGAAUUGCCAUGGGAUCUGGAACUGCAGUUGCGAAGGUACUUGCUUUUUUUUGCAUAGCUUAUUUCUGGUGA